GUGAAGCAAGCUCUGAAUGGGUGCAUGAAGGAGACUGAGACUGCUGGUAACUAAUACAACGUGGGAUUUUUUCAAUCUCAAAGUGUAUAUUGUAACAAUGGCUUUGAUUUGCCAGUGCCUGCGCCGAACAUGGCUUUCGAGAGGCAGCACCACUAGCUAUAGUGCACUGAGAGAAAUCAGUCUGUUCUCAGGGGCAACAGCAGCGUCACACUGGAACAAAGUCGUUUCAGAUGCAGAGAAGAUUGUAGGUUAUCCAACUUCAUUCAUGAGCCUCCGCUGCUUACUAAGUGAUGAACUGAACAACAUAGCCAUCCAAGUCAGAAAGCUGGUGGGAACCAAACAUCCUUUGUUGAACACUGCCAGGACAUUUGUGAAUGAAAAAGGAAACAACCGGCAGAUGCGAGGCCUUGUAGUGCUUCUUAUCUCUAAAGCUGCUGGGCUGAGUAAGUCAGCAGAUCACAUGUUCCAGCCCGACCUGGCUAGUGGCAUUUCUGCCAGGCAAAGAAGCCUAGCUGAAAUCACGGAACUGAUCCACACAGCUUUCCUAGUGCACCGUGGCAUUGUAAAUAUUAAUGAAUUGAAGACAUGCGAUGGCCCUAUUAAGGACAUGCAGUUUGGGAACAAAAUGGCGAUUCUUAGUGGGGACUUUCUUCUUGCAAAUGCAUGUAUAGGAUUAGCUGAUUUACAGAACGCAAAGGUUGUGGAGAUUGUAUCUAGUGCCAUAGGUGACAUGGUAAAAGGAGUAUACUAUGAAAAUUCGUAUAUGCCAGAGAACACCUUUACAGAUGUUAAUGGCAUAUCUAACUGGAUGGAGAACAUUUUCCUUAGUCAUGGUUCACUGCUAGCCAAGAGUUGUCAAUCUGCAAUGCUAUUGGCACAUCAUGAUUCAGAGAUUUCGUCAAGGGCUUUCCAAUAUGGAAAACAUAUGUCUAUCAGUUACAAGCUAAGUUCAGACCUCCAGCCAUUCAUCAAUAGAAAAUACAGUGAUUCGUUGUUUAGCCUGAAUUCUGCUCCAGUGGUUCUUCACCAGGAAUUUAUUGGAACAGAAGCCUGGAUGGAGCAGAUCAAAGAGGCUCAACUGAAAGACAACUUGAUUGACCGCAUAAAGUUGCAAAAGGCAAUCAAGGCUGGCAAAGGUGUGACUUCUGCUACUGACCUGUGUUGUUACCAUGGAGACAAAGCUCUGGAGGCCCUGCAGUGUUUUCCUGCCUCUGAGGCCAGAUCUGCCUUGGAAAACAUUAUUUACGCUGUGACUAGAUUUUCCUGACACUACACUGCAUCGGAGACUCCUGCUUAUGUUUUUACGUUAAUCAUCUGGAAACUGACGGCUGCAGAGCCUAGAACUGUCACUGCUUGGCCCAUUGUUCCUUUUCAUCCUUUGCUAUUCUCGCUUAUCACAAUCUACAGUGGGCUUGAAACCUUUUUUUUUUUUUUUUUUUUAAUUGCUAAGGACAAAAAUAGAAAGUGAGGGGAAAAAAAAGGUCAAACAGUUUUCUCUUGUCAUGCCAGAAGCACACUUGAGGCUGCACCAGUAGAAAUAAUUAAUGAGGUUUGCUUCUGUGACCUCAGCAAAUGGCCAGGAAAUAAGUCCUUAUUGAUUGGACAUAGCCAGGAGUGGCGCCAGUGUGGUGGCCUGUGGUUUUCCUGCUCCUAGGAGGACAUAAGGGGUGUGAUUCUGCAGGUGUCAGUAGGAAAUCUCUUCUCCGAGCCUGACAAAAUCAAGAGUUUAUUUCAUUAUAGACUUCGCAUCAAGGACACUCCUAAUUUAUAGGAAACCUGGAAGCAACCGCGUUCAGAAUCAGCAUCAGCAAUCGGGUUUUAAUGUUUUUUUAUGUUCUGCACAUUCAAGUCACUCUCACUCUGCAUAAAACAAAAGAUAUUUACAUUUGUUAUAUACCUAUAUGUGUAAUAUAUAUAUAUAAUCAAUUCAAAUGGUGUCCGCACUCCAAGGCUCAAUAUUCUGCGGGGUGCAUAGCCAAAAUUAUGUAUAUAUAGAAAAUAAUCAUCUAUUAUUCCAAUGCUUUAUCAAAAAUUUAUUGAAAAUAUAUUGUUAAAACCGACGUUUCGGUCCUCAUUAGGACCUUUCUCAAGGAUAAAAAACAAUUUUUUAUCCUUGAGAAAGGUCCUAAUUUAUAUUAGAGUUCUCAGGACUGCACUCCUAAUAAAAUCCAUCAUGCCUGGAAGCGACUGUUUUUGUCAAAUAAAAUGAAAUGCUAUUAAUGACAAUGUAAUCAAGUGCUACAUUUUGACUUUAUAGCUUUAUAGCUAAUCUGAUUACAACAGCAGAUAAAGCUGUAUACACCCAAUUUUCCUCAAAGGCAUUUAAUAUUUAUUUUUUCAUCUCUUUCUAAUCGUUUUAAAUGGGUAUUGAUACUUAAGAAGUAAUAAAAUCAUAUAAUUAUCUUUUA